CCGACUAGGUCUCUCUCUCUCUUCUCCAACUAUUCUUAUUUACAUUCAAAGCAAGAAAUCGAAAAAAGGAAAGGACCCAAAGCCUUUCUUCUUCCUUCAUUUUUGCUCUCCUCCCGGCCCCCAUCAUCAUCAUCAUGUCCUCCCAUACCAAUCUCCCCUCUCCCAAACCGGUUCCUAAACCGGAUCACCGCAUCUCCGCGGGUACAUCCCAAACCAAGAAACAACCGUCUUCCUCCGUGGCUCAAGACCAACAAACCCUAAAAUGUCCCCGUUGCAACUCCCCAAACACCAAGUUCUGUUACUACAACAACUACAGUCUCUCCCAACCUCGUCACUUCUGCAAAUCUUGUCGCCGUUACUGGACUCGUGGCGGUGCUUUGAGAAACGUCCCCAUCGGUGGUGGUUGCCGGAAAACCAAAAAAUCCAUCAAACCUAGUUCCUCCAUGAACGCACUCCCUUCCUCUUCUUCAUCUUCUCAGAGGUUCUUCUCUUCGAUCAUGGACGACUCUUCCAAAUUCUUCCCUCCUCCGACGACCAUGGAUUUCCAGCUCGCAGGUUUAUCUCUCAACAAGAUCAACGAUCUUCAGCUUUUGAACAACCAAGAAGUUCUUGAUCUUAGGCCCAUGAUCUCAUCCGGUCGGGAAAACACACCUGUCGAUGUCGGGUCGGGUUUAUCCUUGAUGGGUUUUGGAGAUUACAACAACAACCAUUCACCCACGGCUUUCACGACCGCCGGAGCUAACGACGGGAACUUAGCUUCUUCGAUAGAAACGUUGAGCUGUCUGAACCAAGAUUUACACUGGAGGCUUCAGCAACAGAGGAUGGCCAUGCUUUUUGGUAAUUCCAAGGAAGAAACUGUUGUCGUCGAGAGGCCGCAACCUAUUCUUUACCGGAAUCUCGAGAUCGUGAACUCGUCAUCGCCGUCGUCUCCGACGAAGAAAGGAGAUAACCAGACAGAGUGGUAUUUUGGUAAUAAUAGUGAUAACGAAGGGGUGAUUAGUAAUAAUGGUAAUACAGGAGGAGGAAGUGAAUGGAACAACAAUGGAAUUCAAGCUUGGACUGAUCUUAACCAUUAUAAUGCUUUGCCUUGAUUCUUGACAGCUUCUGUUGUUGUUGUUGGUGGUUACUAUUUUAGUACUUUAAGUUCAAAUUUGUAAACAAAAUUGGGGGCUAAAUUAAUUCAAGGAUGGAGAGAGAUAUUUAAUUACAUUAUAUAUUAAUAGAUUCUCCGUAUAGAUGAUUUGUCUGUAUCUUAAAUAAUUGUAAAGUUGGAACAGAGUUUUUACUGUGUUUAAUUAUUGAAAAGCCAUUGGUUUGGUGGUGAAA